AUGUCGCGAUGGGACGAUUUUAUUGUGGGAUACUUGUGGUUGGUGUCUUACUGGUGGAGAGUCGCUUGGCGGUUGCUGGUUGCUCAUGAAACGGUGGGAGGAGACGGGUUGGAGGUUACUUUGGAUCUGACUGAACUGACCGUUAAAUGUGGGCAUUUUGUUCUCCAAUUUGAUUGCCUUUGGAUCACUACCAGUGCUAAUUUCCCCAGCCGCCUUCCCAAUCGCCGCCUUAGCCGCAGCCCUGAUCUGCGCUUGAGCUUGUUGGUUGAAAUUGUCAACGGCGUUGGGAAGAUCAUCUACCGCUUUUUGAAGAUCAUGUUUGACAGCAGUGAAUUUGCCUUCAAGCCCCUGAACCUCAUCCCUCACGUCCUUCAACUUACUGUCCACGGCCUGGGCGGGGCUAUCCUUUUGAGCGCCGGCUGGUUUAGGGAUUUGUGUCGCCUCUUUCAGCUGCUUGUCGAGAUCAUCUACAGUCGGUUUAAUAGCGUCCAGGAUUUUGCCAAACUUGUCGGUACCUAG